AGUCCCAACCUGACCUGAGUCUUUGACAGCGCGAAGCCAACCAAACAAAAGUCUCUCUCUAUAUAACCAAACUCACCUUCUCAGUAAGCCUUGUAGCACUUACCUUUUAGGCUUCAGCCUCUUUUCUCCACCACCCUAAACCAUGCCACCAGGGGUCCCUCAACCCCUGCCACUGCUACAAUCAUCACCGUCUCCGUCGUCACAAGUUGCCCCCCCACCACCCCCACCACCACUAAAAAUCACCCGUACAAAAACACCCACCGGUAUUCUUUUAGGUAAGUACCAAUUGGGUCGCUUGUUGGGUCGUGGAAGCUUUGCAAAAGUUCACGAGGCAACUUCACUCGAGGACGACAACACCGUUGUGGCGAUUAAGAUUAUAGACAAGACAAAAACUGUUGAUGCUGCCAUGGAACCGAGAAUAAUCCGAGAAGUUUCAGCUAUGCGCCGUCUUCAACAUCACCCAAACAUCCUUAAAAUCCACGAAGUCAUGGCUACAAAGACCAAGAUCUACCUUGUUAUGGAACUAGCCUCAGGAGGUGAACUUUUCGCCAAGGUGUUACGCCGUGGCCGCUUAACUGAAGCAGCCGCUCGUAGGUACUUUUCCCAGCUCGUCUCCGCCCUCCACUUCUGCCACCAAAACGGUGUCGCCCACCGUGAUGUAAAGCCACAAAACCUUUUAUUAGACCAAAAUGGAAACCUCAAAGUUUCAGACUUUGGUCUCUCAGCUCUUCCAGAACAGCUAAACGACGGGCUUCUACAUACAGCUUGUGGAACACCGGCUUAUACAGCUCCUGAGGUGGUUAGGAGGAAAGGGUACGAUGGUUCCAAGGCGGAUGCUUGGUCUUGUGGGGUCAUUUUAUUUGUUUUGUUGGCAGGUUAUUUACCCUUUGAUGAUAGUAACUUGGUGGCUAUGUAUAAGAAGAUUCAUUAUAGGGAGUUUCAGUUUCCAUCUUGGAUAUCAAAGCAAGCAAAAGCUAUAAUAUGGCAGCUUUUGGACCCGAAUCCUGAAACCAGAAUGAGCGUAGUAAAGCUAAUGGAAACUUCAUGGUUUAAGAGAACUUUAACAGCAUUGACAUCAUCAAACAAGCAACAAGAAAGUUUGUUACAUGACAGGAAGUUAAGACAUGACAUGGUUUGUAACGGAGUUAAUGCUUUUGAUAUAAUAUCUUUGUCUUCGGGGUUGGAUUUGUCAGGGCUUUUUGAAGGAGGGAAUAAUAAGAGGAAGGAAAAGAGGUAUACUACUUCGAUGGAGUUGGAUGGGGUGAUGGAGAGGGUUAGAGAGGUUGGGGAGAGAUUGGGGUAUAGAGUGGAGAAAGGGAAAAGAGGGGUUGUGGGUUUGGGGAAAGGGAGGGUGGUGUUGGUGGUGGAGGUGGUGGAGAUUGCAGAGUUGUUUCUUUUGGUAGAGGUGAAGGUGGUGGAAGGUGGGGUGGAGUUUGAGGAAGGGCAGUGGGUAGAUUUGGAAGCUGGCCUUGGAGAUAUUUUUGUUUCAUGGGAUAAUGCUGCUGUAGGCUGAUGGUUUUGCUUGUAAAGUACAUGAAAUUUUUUUUCCCUUUUUCUUGGUGCAUUCUUUAGUGUUAUUGGGGUUUCUUUUGGUCUAAAUCGAUGUAAAUGAUGAAAUUUUAGUGACAUAUAUAUUUAGUGAUUAAUUUAGCAGCUGAAUAAAAGUUUCUUUUUGUUAAUUUCUUGACAAUUUUCCAUAAAUUUUCCAGAAUUUGAUGUAGAAUUGAUUGUUGUGUUUCUAUAAUUGGAAUCAAUUCCUGAAGCCCGAGAAAGCUGAAUAGAAAUUUUGAGGAAAAAAGAGACGUUGAUUGCUAAUAAUGUUCACAAACAGGAAAAAAUUGAUGUUAUUCAAGAACAAAAUAAGCUACAUGUGAGUUUUGAAAGCUUGAUCUUGUUCUUUUGACUGCAGAGUUGAUGGUAAUCUCUGUAUACGGUAGUGAUUCUGUUCAUAGAUCUAGUGUAAUAAGCAACCAGGGAGAGAUCAGAUGGGCGAAAUUAUCGUUCAGGAACAAAUCAAACUAGGGGUUCAUGUAAGAAAAACAACAUGCUCCUGUAAAUCCUGAAAAGUAAAUGCGGCUAUAGAAGCUACAGAGACUGAGCAAGCAAGC